AUGAUUGGAAUAGACGAUUUUCAUGAAUUAGAGCCUUUACUUUUGUACGCAGAGCCACGCCGCGGGUUUAUUUAUCCCAAGGAACCGGGUAAUGAUGUGAUUGUCGUCAAAGCGGGAGAUUUGAUACGGAUGGCGUGUCCUGGAGGCAGAGUUUUAAUUUCGCACAGUAGAAUAAAAUUACUCGAGAGCGCACUGUUCGAGUGCGUUAGUGAUAAAACAUUUUCGUUGACAUACGAGCACAGGAAAGGUCCGUUUUUUGAAAUUUACUGUGAGAAAUAUCCACAGCACGUUAUACGUCGGACUUUUCAUGCGUGCGGCGUCGGAUUUAUUGGGGAAAUCGGAUUUUCUAUUAAAAUAGACGACCACGAAGAAUUUGUCACAUUAAUCGAUUUUUGUCAUGAUGAAAAUAUUAGUCAUACGAUUUAUGCUCAUACGGAAAUACCGGCAACUAUUGACUCUGCUGAGAUCUUAAUUCCCCGACCCUCGUUUAUCAAAGGAGAAUUUUUCCGAGGAAUCAGCAUGGACACUAUUUACAAUAGAUUUUUUCAACAGGAAACAUUUGAGCAAAUUUUGAAAAGCAGAAAACUUGCUAGUCGGUACAUUCAUAAUACCGGAAAUUAUUUUUUGUCACGAGGGCAUUUAAUUGCAAAAAAUGAUUUUAUAUAUGGGGCCCAACAACGUGCGACAUUUUAUUACGUCAAUACAGUGCCCAUGUGGCAAAAUGUUAAUGACGGUAAUUGGAAACAGAUUGAAAUAAGUGUGCGUAAUUACGCGAGCGAAAGAAAUUGUAAUCUUGAAGUAUGGACCGGAUCACUUGGAGUUCUCGAGCUUCGAGAUGUUAAUGGAAGAAAUAAAAAAAUUUACUUGGAAUAUCAGGAAAAUGAGAGAUUGGCUAUUCCAGUACCAAAAUUACUAUUCAAAGUUGUUUAUAACAGAAAAAAUAAAGCUGGGAUUGUUUUUAUCACAAUAAAUAAUCCUCAUUUGAAUCGUUUGACAAGAAAAUAUAUUGUAUGUAAUGACGUAUGCGCUGAAAUAAAUUUCGUAAACUGGGACAUGAGACGUGAUCGCGGGUACAGUUACUGCUGUCGCGUUGAUGAUUUCCGAAAUGCGUUCCCGGAUCUUCCGGAAUUCACCACGCACAGAUUGUUGAGUUGAAAAACUAUAUUUUUAUUUUACGCAGUGUGUUAUUGAACUGUCCGUACUCAAGUGCAUUUAAAUAUUAACAAAUAAUAAUAAUAAAAAUUUUUUAUUAUAAAUAAUUAGUAUUUUAAAAUGCAAAUUGAUCAUUGUUCUUUGGCUAUAAAGUCAUGAUUCAAAUAAAUAUUAAUUAGUUUGUCUACGGGUCAUUGCUUCGUUAAUGAUCCGCGCGGUUGAAUAAUCAAUUGAUGAUAACAGAAACUUAACCAAGUUAAUGACCGAAAUAAUCCCUGUCACAUUCUAAUAUUUUUUACUUAUAUAGAGGAGAGGGGGCAUAAUGGGCCCCCCAAAAUUUUUGUUCAAUUUAAGUGAUUCAAAAAUACGGAACCCUUGUAAAGUGUUUGAGAUUGUGGUUUACUUUUGACUCAUCUAAUUAGAAGUUUUCUAAAUUUAAAUUUGGUUUUUAGACUAGAAAAAGUAAAAAGGGUAAAAAAAGUCAAAUAUUAAAACUUUUUAUGGGGGCCCAUUUUGUCCCAAAUUUAAAGAUUUUUAAUUUUCAACGAACGCGGCAAAUUAAAACUAAAAACAUGAUAAUCAUAAAAAAACUAUCGAGUGUCACGGAACGAAACACGAUAUCAGUCUUGUGGUGGCAGCGCUCGCCUUCGGCUCCAGUUAACCUCUCGUCUAAAAUCGUCUUGUUUCAUUCCUUGCCACCCACUAUACGGUUUA